UCUUCUCAAACCAGACAGCACAACCAAACAUGUCCGGUCAGCGAAAGCCGGCAAACAAGCAAAUGGUCCUUAAGACAAGGUCUCCUCUUAUAAGGGUCCCACUUUCACCAUUUCUUCCCAACUCAUUCCUUCUAUCUUUUUCACCCCGCCUUGGGCAUGAACCAGGAAGGAAGGGAGGAUAAAAAUGAAAGAUAUUUCCUUUUACUACAAAGGGUGGCUAAGCAGCCUUUCUAAAAUAUAAAAGUUUGACCUUUAGAACGCACCACAUGGCUGCUUAAGCCAAUCCCAGAUCUCUUUAUGAUCCUCAUUCAGAUUUUUCUUUAGCUCCACACACUCAUUUUUAUCCUAAGUGAAAAGCAGAGUUCCAUUUUUUUCCGGUCGAAAGAACAAAGUUGUCUCUUUGUUGGGUUUCUUUGCAAAUGCUCAAAAUGGGCUUAAAGAAGUUAAAAGUUUGUACUUUUUGGUCGGUUUCUUUCUGGGUUUUUGUAGUUUUGAGUUUCUUGGUGAAUAUGGUACAAUGUCAAGAUUUGAAUGAUUAUGAUCAAGUGGACGAUCCUGCUGUUCUUCGCUUUACUACAGCCCUUGUUAAUAGCAGGCUUUCUAAUCUUACUGCAGUUCUUAGCAAGGGUAUUCGUGACCAGGCCAGUUUCUGCAUAAAAGACCAGGAAGCUGAUUGGAAUAAAGCAUUUAAUUUUUCAUCAAAUUUGGACUUCUUGGCUUCCUGUAUUCAGAAAACUAAAGGAGAUAUUAUGCGGCGCUUGUGCACAGCAGCUGAGGCAAAAUUCUACUUUGAUACAUUUUUUAAAAGUUCAAGUGCAACUAAUUUGAGGCCUAACGAAAACUGUAAUGUAACCUCAUGGGUUUCUGGUUGUGAGCCGGGAUGGGCUUGUAGUAUUGGUCCAAACCAGCAGGUUGACCUUGAAAAUUCUCGAGUCAUUCCUCCUAGGACUCAUGAUUGUCAGGCUUGUUGUGAGGGCUUUUUCUGCCCUCGUGGUCUUACAUGCAUGAUUCCUUGCCCAUUGGGUUCCCAUUGUCCAGUUGCAACACUCAAUAACGCUACUGGCAUAUGUGAGCCAUAUCUUUACCAGCUGCCUCCAGGAAAGCCAAACCAUACUUGUGGAGGAGCCAAUAUAUGGGCUGAUGUCCGUAGCAGUAGUGAGGUAUUCUGUUCAGCAGGGUCAUAUUGUCCAACAACAACCCAGGAAAAGCCGUGCAGUAGUGGACAUUACUGCAGGAUGGGUUCAACAUCUGAGAAAGGCUGCUUCAAGUUGACUUCUUGCAAGUCAAACACAUCAAAUCAAGAUUUGCAUGCCUAUGGAAUUAUGCUUAUAGCUGCUACUACUACUCUGCUCCUCAUUAUCUACAACUGUUCUGACCAAGUUCUCAACACAAGGGAAAGACGACUGGCGAAAACCAGGGAAGCAGCAGCAAGAAGUGCAAGAGACACAGCAAAAGCACGUCAAAGGUGGAAAACUGCUAAGGAUGCUGCUAAGAAACAUGCAAGUGGACUGCAAACUCAUUUUUCACAGAGAUUUUCUUUUAAAAAAUCUGCCAAGCAUCCUGAGGAACUUAAAAUAUUGGAUCAAACAAGAUUUGAAGCAGAUGAAGACUUGUAUGCUCCUACACAUGUAAGUGCAUCAUCUGCACCAUCCAACGGAAAGCCAAUGGAACCUGGCAAUUUGAUGCGGAUGAUGCAUGAAAUUCAAGAUGACCCUGAAAAUUAUGAAGGAUUUGAUGUUAGUGCCCAUGAUAGAAAAUCUAAAGGCCAUAAGCCAAAGGGAAAACAACCUAAUACUCAUAGCCAGAUUUUUAAGUAUGCAUAUGCUCAAAUUGAAAAAGAGAAAGCACUGCAACAAGAAAAUAAAAAUCUUACAUUCUCAGGAGUAAUUUCUAUGGCUACCAAUUCUGAAAUUAGGAAGAGGCCCCUGAUUGAGGUCUCUUUCAAAGACCUUACACUCACUUUGAAGGGGAAAGGCAAGCAUCUUUUGAGGUGUGUUACUGGAAAAAUUAAGCCUGGUCGCAUCACUGCUGUCAUGGGCCCUUCAGGUGCUGGAAAAACAACAUUUAUUUCUGCUCUGGCUGGAAAGGCAAUAGGUUGCAAGAUGACUGGUUUGAUUCUUAUAAAUGGAAAGAAUGAAUCAAUCCGCUCAUAUAGGAAAAUAAUUGGUUAUGUGCCACAAGAUGAUAUUGUGCAUGGGAACUUGACUGUGGAAGAGAAUCUAUGGUUUAAUGCUAAGUGCAGGCUUCCUUCUCAUUUAUCAAAACCGGAUAAAGUUCUUGUUGUUGAAAGAGUUAUUGAGUCUUUGGGGCUUCAGAUGGUGCGUGAUUCCUUGGUGGGAACUGUAGAGAAGCGAGGUAUCUCAGGAGGCCAGAGGAAGCGUGUAAAUGUUGGAUUGGAAAUGGUCAUGGAACCUUCACUUUUGAUCUUGGAUGAACCCACAUCUGGUUUGGACAGUGCAUCCUCUCAGCUGCUUCUUAGAGCACUUCGACAUGAAGCUCUUGAAGGAGUAAACAUCUGCAUGGUGCUUCAUCAACCUAGCUAUGCUUUAUUCCAAAUGUUUGAUGAUCUAGUACUUUUGGCAAAAGGCGGCCUUACUGUCUACCAUGGUUCUGCAAAGAAAGCAGAAGAAUACUUUGCGGGCCUCGGGAUCCAUGUCCCAGAACGUGUUAACCCUCCAGACCACUUUAUUGACAUUUUAGAGGGUAUAGUAACACCAAGUGCAAGCUCAGGUGUCAACUACAAAGAGCUUCCUGUCAGGUGGAUGCUUCACAACGGGUACCCAGUACCCCCUGAUCUGCAGCAAAGUUUUGCUCAGCUUGCUAUGCCCUCAGCAGGUGUAGGCCCAGCAAAUGGGACAAAUCCUGUUCAUGCUGGAAUGGAGGAAAAAUCUUUUGCUGGAGAGUUAUGGCAAGAUGUGAGGAGUAAUGUGGAGUUGCAGCGGGAUAGCAUACUUCACAAUUUCUUAAAGUUUAAGGACUUAUCAUGCCGGAGAACUCCAGGUGUACUCUGGCAAUACAGAUACUUUCUUGGGAGGGUUGGGAAGCAGCGUAUGAGGGAAGCUAAGAUACAAGCGACAGAUUAUCUGAUCUUACUGCUUGCUGGAGCCUGCUUAGGAACAUUAGCUAAAACAAGCGACGAAGACUUUGGGGCAGUUGGUUAUACUUAUACCAUAAUUGCAGUCUCUCUUCUAUGCAAAAUAGCAGCUUUGAGAUCAUUUUCCCUGGAUAAAUUACAAUAUUGGAGAGAGAGUGCAUCUGGCAUGAGCAGCUUGGCUUACUUUUUGGCCAAAGACACAAUUGACCACUUUAAUACUGUGAUCAAGCCUGUGGUUUAUCUCUCUAUGUUCUUUUUCUUCACAAAUCCAAGAUCUUCAUUCGCUGAAAAUUAUAUUGUCUUGCUGUGCCUGGUGUACUGUGUGACUGGUAUAGCCUAUGCAUUGGCCAUCUUCUUUCAACCUGGUCCAGCCCAGCUGUGGUCGGUUCUUCUUCCAGUUGUUUUGACACUUGUCGCCACUCAGAAACAAGAUGGUGAAGUUUUGAAAAAGAUAUCUAAUUUGUGCUACCCAAAGUGGGCUUUGGAAGCUUUUGUGAUAGCAAAUGCUGAAAGGUACUAUGGAGUGUGGUUAAUUACUCGUUGCGGUGCUCUUUUGAAAAGUGGUUAUAGUCUACAUGAAUGGACUCUUUGUAUAGUCAUCCUCAUUCUUUCCGGUGUAGUCAGCCGUUUAAUUGCAUUUGUUGGUAUGAUUACUUUUCAGAAGAAGUGAACAUCAGUUUCCAACCUGGCAUUUGUUUGGCAUUCUAAUUCCAUCUGGAGAAGUGGAAUGCUUCAGCUCUGAAGGCUCAUAACACCAUCAAACCUCAGCAACAGGAAAAUCAUGAGAGUGAUGAUCUCAAUCUGUCCGUAAAUAGUGCUAUGGCUUAUGUUGUAUAUCUAGGAAUUGAUCAGUGUAACUUUAUUACUUAGGUUAUACUACCUAUCUCUGAUAUUCAUUUGUACAUGAGGGAGUGGGUUUCCUUAGGCUUAUUUGAUAAUUCAUUUGCAGUCCUAUUGCCAUGUUUAGGAAAGAGUUCAUAUUCAGAAUGUAGUGGUUGGGGAAUCGUAUUGAUUGCAUGUUAAUAAAACAUCAAACAUUUUUGUAUAGAAUUGAGAUGGGAUUUCCAACAUGGCGCAGUGUCAAGAGUUUGUGUAUUCUUUACUAUUUGAACUUGUCCUUCCUAGUGGUAAGCAAUUUAGCAUUUAGUUGAAAGCUGAAACUAUACAUUUUGCAGGUAACAAUGUUCCUUGUCAUGGUAUAUUUAUUCUCUUCAGCAA